AUGGAUUGUAAAGAUACAGGCAAGACUCCUGUGAAGCCAGAGAUGGCAAUUCACCAGAUUAGAAUCACCCUUACCAGCUGCAACCUCAAGUUUUUGGAGAAGGCAUGUGCUGACCUGAUCAGAGGUGCCAAGGAAAAGAGUCUCAAAGUGAAAGGACUGGUUUGGAUGCCUACCAAGACUCUGAGAGUAACUGCAAGGAAAACUCCUUGUGAUGAAGGAUCUAAGACUUGGGAUCAUUUCGAGAUGAGGGUCCUAAAGCAACUCAUUGACCUGCACAGUCCCUCUGAGAUUGUUAAGCAAAUCACUUCCAUCAUCAUUGAGCCAGGAGUCAAGGUUGAAGUCUUCAUUGCAGAUGCUUAA